AUGGCGUUCUCAUCGAAAUACAGCCCAAAGCCUAUCACGGACAUCUUCACCAGCGACACAGAUAUCAACAGGCGAGAAUGUCGCAGAACUGUUCCUAUGAAGGUUCUCAUUUUGGGACUUGGACGUACAGGAACGGCUUCAAUGAGAGCUGCCAUGCAACAACUCGGCUACGUCGACACUUACCACAUGAUGUCUUGUUCAAUCGAGAAUCCUCCUGAUGCUCUUAUGUGGAUGGAUGCUCUUGCUGCAAAAUACGACGGAGUCGGAACUCCAUUCACACGCGAUGAUUGGGAUCAGUUGCUCGGAAACUGCCAAGCUGUCUGCGACUGGCCAGCGGUAGCAUUCGCAAAAGAACUUAUCGAAGCAUACCCUGAAGCCAAAGUCGUUCUGACGAACCGAGAUGUCGAUUCUUGGCACGCAUCCACAAUGCGAACCGUCUUCUGGAGAGUCACCGACCCGGAAUUGAGAUGCCUCCAGUACGUGAGCUGGGCAGCUGGCAUGUACUAUCCCAUGCUGAAGAAGUUCUUUGAUACCUUCUUCGAGGGCAAUUUCGAGCACAGUGGCAAAGAGGUCUUCAAGAGACAUUACGAAGAAGUCCGGAACUUGGUUCCAAAGGAGAAUCUAUUGGAGUUCAAAGUCACUGAUGGCUGGGAGCCACUUUGCCAAUUCCUCGGCGAGCGAGUUCCAAUGGGCUCUAAAUUUCCCAACGUCAAUGACAACCGCGAUUUCGUUUCCCGAUCGCGCAGGAGGAACCGGAUGCAGAUGCUGAAUGUGGUGGUCAAGUUCUUGGAGAUGUUGGCAUUGGCCGUCAUGUGUAUUUUCCUUGUCUCUAUGCUUUGGCGCUUGUAA